AUGCUCGCUACUGUAUGUCGUCAUAUCAUUAUUAUAGCUUUUAUGGCUAUAGAUGACUUUCGAAAACUCGAUGGGUUAUCUGGAUCUGACAUUUAUAAUGCUGGAGUUUGUCUGGCAUACCUUGUUGUCUCUUUCCAUGCCCAAUUCUUCACUAUACCUCUUCUCCUCAUCAAUUCUUAUAUCAGUGCUCAGCUUCAUUUGACAAUUAGUAAGCUCCGCCCAGAAUACGAUGGAGAUGAUUUGUAUGAAAUAGUUGACGGAUCAGAAGAAAGUUCAACAAAGAAAAUUGAUGUCUAA